GGUAGAAUCCUCGGAGAUUACAUUCACAGCCACAACUACUUCGUAUUAAACUACACACAAUAUUCAUACACUCACAUAGACCUUGCCUUUUGCUCUCCGAACCUCAAAAUUCAAAGAGAUUUUAAAAUCAUGGACCCCAGGGUAGUGACCAAUUUCCCAUAACAAUAAACAUUUUUGCCCAAGAAAACCAGACAUUUAACUACACAAAAAGAUUUAUAACUAGAAGAACAAACUGGGAUAAUUUAAAAAGUCUUACCAACCGCUUAAUUAACCAAAUUCCAGGAUCAACUAACACAAACAAAGGUAACAGCAACACAAACAAAAUAGUAUUUAACAGGGUCUUCCCACAGAGAUCCAUUCACCAUCUACCAUCCGUUGAACGGAUGGUCCAUAAGGUUUUGCCGUUCGGAAAAUUUCCCAGUUAGUUCCCCAUCCAAAUUUAACGGACUACUUUAUGCGAUAGUUAGGCGAUAAUUUUGAGUGGAAACCCUAAACUCUUCUUCUUAAAAGUGGAAAGUGAAACAUUUAUUACGAAAACGUAAACAAUGAUGACGGGAAACUUUUGAAAAUGGAAGGCGACGAAGCAAUAGUCAAUAUUACGCGAACUGCCGGUGGCAAACUGAGGUGGACUAAGCAGAUGGAGGUACUGCUCAUCGACAUUUGGCAGGAGAACAUCGAGGAGUUGCGCGGAGCCAGAAAAAAUGUCCAUAUAUACAUGGAGAUGGCCCAGACCCUAAUGGAAGCGGGGUUUGAUGUGUCCUACAAGGACGUCCGAACGAAAAUAGAGAACCUGACCAAAAUGUACAGGCAGGAAAAAAAUAAUAUGGGGCCAAGCGGUGGCGCUCCUUCCUCGUGGCAGCAUUAUGAGUUGGUCCACUCGUUUUUAGGCGCAUACCGAUCCAUAACAUGGAGCAGAACACCUUGGAGAACGAGAGGAAUACUUUGUGGAGCUCUUGGACCCAGAUGACAGGGAAGCCUCUACCAGCAGCGGCAGUCAACGCGCAGACAGCACUGCGCCCCCUGCUAAGCGCGCAAAGGUGGACCAUAAGUCGGAGCUUGUGGAGAUAGCUCGAGAAAGACUGGAGGAGCAGAGAGCGCAGACGGAAAUAUUGUCGAGGAUGGCAGACAGCCAGGCAAAAUUCCAAUCUGAUUUGUUGGAGCUGUUAAGAAAAUCAACGAAUUCCUAAUAAACUUAUAAUUUAUAAUAAAUAGA